AUGAUGAACGGACUCCUUGCAACUUCGACUUCACAAAUGUCGCAGUUUCAGAACCACUAUUCGUCCGGUGGUCCGUUCGGACAGAUGUACAGCCAACAAAGACCGUCCUUUGCGAUCCAGGAAAUUCUUGGUUUAAAUUCUUGUAGACAAAAUUCUAGUCCGGAUAUUAUGGACCAUUCUUCAAUGGCACCUUCGGGUUUAACGGGAAUGUACUUCCCGGGACUUAAUACAAACCCGAUGGGUCCGGACCCUUCGACGGCGUCGUUUCUUCGUGACCAACAACAGCAGCCAACGUCGACGUUUUGUCCGUGGAGAUUUGACUUGAGCCAGGCAGCGGCACCCCAAAGCAUUGCAGCAUCUCGAUUUUCUGGAGCAAGACCCAAUGUUGAUGAUUUCAACUUUCCAUACAAACCAAACACACCAGAAGAAGUACCAAGGCAGCCAUGUUUACAGACGGAAAAAGCUCACGACAACAGCAUCAACGUGAAGAAACAGAAGAAGCGGAGACGACACAGGACAAUUUUCACCAGUUACCAGUUGGAGGAGCUAGAGAGGGCGUUCAAAGACGCACAUUACCCAGACCUGUACGCCAGGGAGCUGCUGGCCCUGAAGAUCGACCUGCCAGAGGACCGGAUACAGGUCUGGUUUCAAAAUCGGAGAGCUAAAUGGAGAAAGUCUGAGAAAACCUGGGGGAAGUCCAGCAUAAUGGCGGAAUACGGCCUGUACGGCGCCAUGGUACGACACGCACUUCCGCUUCCGGAUUCCAUUGUGAAAAGCGCAGAAAAAGGAAUAGAAAACUCCAACGCACCUUGGCUUCUUGGAAUGCACAAGAAAUCUAUCGAAGCUUCUCAGAAAAUGAACGAAGACGACGAAAUCGAUGACGUCAACACCGACAGCAACGAUGCCAGCAAACACAAAGAUGAACUAAAGUCAGAGAGCAUCGCCGCACUACGUGCUAAGGCGCAGGAACACAGCGCUCGACUACUGCAAGCCGCCUCCAGAGACGGUGAGAAGGCUGAUCGAGCGGGUGGUCACGGUGUCACUAGCUCAACAAAACCCCCAACAUUUCACAGCUCCGGAGAAACAGUGCGACCUGGACAGUGA